GCCGACACGUAGUAGCUUAAAGCUGUAGCCAGGUGCGCUAUCUGUAGCUAGCUAACGCUAGAUUUGCUGUAUUAAAUAGCUAGGAAGGUAUGCUAGCUCGAGAGUUAGCGUUACCUAGCAAGGAAUGGUAACCUAAGGCUUUUCGUUUUUGAUGCUACAAUCAGUUGCUGUUCGAAAGCUGGUAGAAUAUGUGGACAGUGUUUUUUGUCAUUACAGUAACUAGCUAACAUUUUACACGAGAGGCUCUUUUGCAAGUAGAUCUGAGUUCAUACAACAAUACCACAGACGUAAGAUAGUAUCGCUAAAAUGUAAGAGCUACGCUAGCUAGCAGAUAACCUAGCUGUUCUCAACUCUGCAGGCUGUAGAUGUACUGAAAGCUCUUGAUAUAACCUAGCUAACGUCAACUAGCGUUUUCUGUCAAAAUGCUCCUCCUCGUGAUAUUCGCUAAAUUAGAUGACCCAAGUCCUCAUAUUCUUCAGCAAAGAUAACAUAUUUGAGCUGAACACAUUCGACAGCGUACCCUGCUGCUAUUUGGUUGCGGCUAUAAUCACAUGCUUUUGAAGAAGUGCCAUUGGUCUGGUAUACGUAAGAUAGCAAACUGCAGACUGCACUUUCUUAAGGACCAGGAUUGGCUUUGUCCUAGGCAUGCCACCGUGUGAUACUGAGUAGCCACCUGCCGAACUGACCCCCACCUCUUUGUCCCCAUGACAACCCAACCACUUGCCCAGUUCUCCGGGCAGCAGCAACAAGCUCAAGCAGCUCGGGAUGUAAACACAGCCUCGUUAUGUCGCAUUGGACAGGAGACUGUGCAGGAUAUUGUCUUAAGAACAAUGGAAAUCUUUCAGCUACUUAGAAACAUGCAGCUGCCAAAUGGGGUCACAUACCAUCCUAACACCCAUCAGGACCGCCUGGGGAAGCUGCAGGAGCACCUGCGCAUGCUGUCUGUUCUCUUCCGUAAACUGCGCCUUGUUUAUGAUAAAUGCAAUGAGAACUGUGCUGGUCUGGACCCCAUACCACCUGAGCAGCUCAUUCCGUACGUGGAGGACGACAGCUCAAAAUUGGAUGAACGUGGAAGCAGUCAGUCGAGGUCAGCCAGUGAGGAGAGGAGAGAGGUGCUUGAGGUCAACAAGAAACUGAAACAGAAGAACCAGCAACUGAAGCAGAUAAUGGACCAGCUCAGAAACAUCAUUUGGGAGAUUAACUCCAUGCUGGCUGUAAGGAGCUAAAUACACAUACCCAAUCACACUCUCAGAUAGACAUACAGAGGACUUGUAUAUGCAAGGGAGACUAUUGUCUAUACAAGCUGCAUUAAUGACAUGUCUGUUUUCACUGAGCAUGAAGCAGAAAGAUAGUAGAGACAGGGGUCUGGUGGUGAGGUGAAAAAUUGCAAGAGGGCAGCAGGAAAGAGGAAUGAGGAAUGACAGAAAAAUGGGUAAAUUUUGCUAUUCAUUCAUGCUACAUGGUUGAGAAAGCAUUCACUUUAGAUGCCUUGGAUUCAAUUUUCUGCUUGAAAAUCUGAUAGGCUUGAAAAUGUAACUAUUUGUUGUGAUGGAUUUCAGUGUAAAUUGUAUUCCAAAUAUUUAGUAAAUAUUAAUGUUCCUUUGACCAAGUUAAAUGUUUAAUUUAGUUCAAGGAGGAUAUAGCAUGAAUACAAAUGGCAUUUUGCAGUUCAGUGAUAUUUUAAUGUGCUUACCAAUGUGAGACUUAUGUUUUAGAAAGUGUAUUUGGCAGCUGUUACUGGAUAAUUAUAAAAACACUAUGUUUCAGUUUGUUUAUUGUUGUAAGCAUUUUUGUAUUUAUGUUUGCUUGAAUAAAUUGACAGUUCAAUAUGAGACAUUUUUGCUUUCAGGAUCUGUGUUCAAGAUAAUCACAAUUAAAGAAACCAUGUCAAGAUUUGACAACCCACAAAAACAA